AAGGGCAUUUUUUGGUAUCAGUCAGAGCCUGUACUGCACAGAGAACACAGCUUUCAACAAUUUCUCCUGAUUUAUAACAUUUGGUUUUGUUUUAUUCGUCGCAAUGUGUACUGGAAAGUGUGCGCGGUUAGUGGGGCUAAUACUUCUGCCUUCAGCUUUUUUGUGUAUAAUAGCAAAUAUACUUUUAUUCUUCCCUAAUGGAGAACAGUUGGAAACUGGCCAGAUUUCCCUUCAAGUCUGGCUUAUGGGAGGUGUUCUUGGUGGAGGAUUAAUUAUGAUGUGUCCAAGCUGCUCAGCCAUCAGAGCCGGGGGCAAAGGCUGUUGCGGGGCAGGUUGCUGUGGAAACCGAUGCCGUAUGCUGAAUUCUGUUUUCUCGUCUGUAUUUGGCAUUGCUGGGUCGGCCUAUUGUGCAUGUGUUGCUAUUGCAGCACUCGCUGUUGGGCCAAAAUGCCAAGUUGAGGAUGGUCAAUGGCUGUAUCCCUUUGAGCAUACAGUAGGGAACAGCAGUUACCUAGCGGAUAAGACUAUAUGGUCCGAGUGUGUCUUUCCCGAGAAUGUGGUUCUCUGGCACAUCGUGCUGUUCUCCAUACUUUUGGGUCUGUCUCUGAUCCAGAUGAUACUCUGUGUCCUUCAGGUUGUGAAUGGAUGUGUGGGCUGCCUGUGUGGAGACUGCCGAAAAAGAAAAUCUGAUGAGGGAGGUCUGUAAGGUCUGCAGAGGAGGAAAACCAAAACAAACAAAUAAAAAAAUGAUUCAAUGUGGAGUCCUCAUAACAGGACAAGAGCUUUCACACAAUACUAACAACUUGCAAUCCAUAUCAUCCCUAAAAAGUGAUGUUGUGUGUAAAUGUAACCUUAAUGUAACUUUAUUAUGUGUAAGUGCUAUUGUAGCAGUACACUAUGACCAAAUAUCAAGCUCAGUAACCUAGAUUUUAUGAUAGAAAUUGUGUAGAAAUGUAGAAAUUCUUUGUCCUUUUUUAAUGCAAAACUUUGUGCAUUUUCGAAUACUAAAUCAUCAGAUCCUAAUGAUCCAAAACAACCUUCUUUCACAAUAAACAAUUUGCUGACA